UGGCGGGAUUGGCAAUCCCUCCCCGUCCGUCCCGCCCACCCUCCGGGUCCCUCUGCGAAUCAGCGGGGUGCUGUCAGCGCGUCAGGCUCUCCGGCUCCCCUCUGCCAGUCCCGAGCGCGUCUCUUAUCAAAGAAACACACCAAGUGCAGUGAAUCAUAUCGUUAUCAUGGGCACUGUUUGUUUUUCGUGGCACUUUUGCUUGGUUUUCGCUCUCUUCUACACUGGCAGGUUUGCGGGAGGCAAUGGGGUCCCAGAUGCUGAUGAAUGUGCCGAAGGGACAGACGAUUGCCACAUUGAUGCAAUAUGUCAAAAUACACCUAAAUCCUACAAAUGCAUCUGUAAACCAGGUUAUAAAGGAGAAGGGAAACAAUGUGAAGACAUUGACGAGUGUGAAAAUGACUUCUACAAUGGGGGUUGUGUCCAUGAGUGCAUCAACAUUCCAGGCAACUACAGGUGUACGUGCUAUGAUGGGUUCAUGUUGGCCCAUGACGGUCACAACUGUCUUGACGUUGAUGAGUGUCUGGAUAACAAUGGAGGAUGCCAACAGAUUUGUGUGAACACAAUGGGCAGCUAUGAGUGUCAAUGCAAGGAGGGCUUUUUCCUGAGUGAUAACCAGCACACCUGUAUUCACCGCUCCAAUGAGGGUAUGAACUGUAUGAACAAAGAUCACGGGUGUGCACAUAUCUGCCGGGAGACGCCCAAAGGUGGGGUUGCCUGUGAAUGUAGGCCUGGCUUUGAGCUUGCCAAAAACCAGAAGGACUGCAAAUUAACCUGUAACUAUGGAAAUGGAGGCUGCCAACACACCUGUGAUGACACAGAUACUGGUCCUGUGUGUGGUUGUCAUCAGAAGUAUGCCCUGCACUCAGAUGGCCGAACAUGCAUUGAGAAGGAUGAGGCUGCAAUUGAGAGUUCUGAGUACAAUGCCACGUCAGUAGCUGAUGUGGACAAGAGGGUGAAACGGCGGCUACUUAUGGAAACAUGUGCUGUCAAUAAUGGAGGCUGUGAUCGUACUUGCAAGGAUACGGCAACAGGGGUACGUUGCAGUUGCCCAGUUGGAUUUACCCUGCAGCCUGAUGGGAAAACAUGCAAAGACAUUGAUGAGUGCUUGGUAAACAAUGGUGGCUGUGACCAUUUCUGCCGAAACACUGUUGGUAGCUUUGAAUGCAGCUGCCAGAAGGGCUAUAAACUACUAACAGAUGAACGAACCUGCCAAGAUAUAGAUGAGUGCUCAUUUGAAAGGACUUGUGACCAGACCUGCAUCAACUACCCAGGAAGUUUCGAAUGUCUCUGUCACAAAGGCUACACCCUGUACGGCAUGACACACUGUGGAGAUGUUGAUGAAUGUAGCAUCAACAACGGUAGCUGCGACUAUGGGUGCAUUAAUACAAUGGGGAGCUAUGAGUGCGUCUGUCCACCUGGAAAGAAGCUACACUGGAAUAAAAAGGACUGUGUUGAGAUGGUGAAAUGCCUCCCAAAUGCCAAACCAGCUCCUAAGGCUCAACUCGUCUGUAGUAAAUCAGGCGGAAUAGAGAGCUGCUUUUUGUCAUGCCCUUCCAAUACACUUUUUGUUCCAGAUUCAGAGAAUAGUUACACACUGAGCUGUGGAGUUCCAGUACAGCAAGGCAAAGCCCAGCAGAAACGCAACACAACACUUCCCAGUUGUGCAGAUUCAUUAGCCCCACCAAUCAAGCAGAAAGCUCGCUUUAAAAUUAAAGAUGCAAAGUGCCAUUUACGGCCUCGCAGCAAAGAAAAGAUUAAAGACGUUGGCAAGCAAGCUGUUAUAGGAGGUCAAUUCCCUUGUACAGACAACUGCCAGGUGACCUUUGUGAACCUCAAGUGUGAUUCCUCCAAGAAAAAACGUCGGGGCCGCAAGUCACCAUCGAAAGAAGUGUCCCAUAUCACUGCCGAAUUCGAAGUGGAGAUGAAGUCUGAGGAAGUCUCAGACACCUGUAACCUUGACUGUGUGCGGAAAAGGAUGGAGCAGAAGCUGCAAACUGCAAUCAAAACAUUGAGAAAAUCUAUUAACAAACAGCAAUUUUACAUUCAGUUUUCUGGGACAGAGUACGAAGUGGCUCAUAAGCCAGCUAAGGCUACUGAAGGACAUGAAGCAUGCAGUACAGGGCAAGUGCUGCAGGAUGGAAAAUGUGUUACCUGCAGUAUGGGAACCUAUUAUAGUGGAGAACAUAAUCAGUGCCUUCCUUGCUCACCAGGAACAUACCAAGACACAGAAGGUCAACUUUCUUGUGAACCUUGCCCAAGUAAUGACGGACAGGGAAUUGCAGGCGCACGGAAUGUGUCAGAAUGUGGAGGGCAGUGUUCUCCUGGCUAUUUCUCUUCAGAUGGCUUUAAACCUUGUAGAGUGUGCGCUCUUGGUACAUAUCAGCCUGAACCAGGGAGGACCCUUUGCUUUCCAUGUGGCGGUGGACUGGUGACAAAAUAUGAAGGUGCUGUUUCAUUUCAGGACUGUGAAACAAAAGUUCAUUGUUCUCCUGGCCACUACUACAAUUCCACAACACACAGAUGUAUCAGAUGUCCUGUUGGAACCUACCAGCCUGAAUUUGGUCAAAAUUACUGCAUUAGCUGUCCUGGGAAUACAAGUACAGAUUUUGAUGGCUCUACUAAUGUUACACACUGUAAAAACCAGCAUUGUGGAGGGGAACUUGGAGAUUAUACAGGCUAUAUCGAGUCUCCCAAUUACCCUGGUGAUUACCCAGCUAAUGUUGAAUGCAUUUGGAAUAUAAAUCCACCCCCGAAGAGGCGAAUACUCAUUGUGGUUCCUGAGAUAUUUCUUCCAAUUGAAGAUGAGUGUGGUGAUGUUUUAGUAAUGAGAAAAAGUGCCUCCCCUACGUCAAUUACCACAUAUGAAACAUGUCAGACUUAUGAGAGACCAAUAGCAUUUACCUCCAGAUCACGAAAGCUAUGGAUUCAGUUCAAAUCAAAUGAGGGAAACAGUGGCAAAGGAUUUCAAGUCCCAUAUGUGACAUACGAUGAGGAUUACCAACAGCUGAUAGAAGAUAUUGUUCGAGAUGGACGAUUAUAUGCAUCAGAAAAUCAUCAAGAAAUUCUAAAAGACAAGAAAUUGAUCAAAGCCCUCUUUGAUGUAUUGGCACAUCCUCAAAACUAUUUCAAGUACACAGCACAAGAGUCAAAGGAGAUGUUCCCACGAUCAUUUAUAAAGCUAUUGCGAUCAAAAGUUUCCAGAUUUCUACGACCAUACAAAUAGCUUCCUAGUGAUAUUCAAUUUGGUGUUAUUUCCUGUCAAAUAUUGUAUUUUCCUCCACAGUAGAAACAUUUGCUAAUUGGAAGGUUAUUUUUUGGCAGUCUUUAUUUUCAAUUAUAUAUUGAAGAAUAACUAUAAUGUUUUAUAAUUGUUAAAAGCCAAUAUUCUGAAUGGGAUUUUUACUUCAAAGAAGAAUACUUGUGGAUCCUUGAGUGCAUCUAAUUGAAGAUCCAAAUUUGUGUCUGCACUAGUGUUUCUUCAUGUUUCAUUUGAAAAUGUUUGUUUUAGAAAAUAUAUUUUCUAAGCCUUUUCAUUUUCUAGCAAAAAUAGUUUUCUUCUAAGCAAAGAAAAAAAGCUGUUCAACCUGGUUAAACAAACUACCUGUUUUGUGAUAGAAAGGAGUAUGUAGCAUAAAUACUAUUUGGAUUUUGAAUUGCACUUGAACUUUAUAUUUGAAAUUUUAGAAGAAAACAAAAAAAAUCUAAAUUUUGUUAUUUCCCAUUUGUGGUUUUGUGGAGACUUUGUUCUAGUAUAAACCAAAAAAAGAAAGGGGG